UGAAAAACGUAUCGCGCGAGUGUUGUUUUAGGAUAACCUAUAAACGAUAUAGCAAUGGAGCUACAGAAAUGUUUAAUCAAUUAUUUCUCACAAUUGAGGAAAGUUGAUUACAAAUGGAAAGAGUUAUCUAAAGAAGCCAGGCGGCCCUUGUAUGCCACGAAGAAUCAAUCACAACAACUCCAACUAAUUGUAAGUGAAGAUGUUCGUGACGGAGAUCUCUAUAAGAUAGACGAACUACGUGAAAGAUUGAUCUAUAAAAUCCUUAUGGGAAUCGACGGAGAACUACUAGUUCUUUUGGAUAUUUUAAAGCCCUUCAAUAAUAUCACUCAAGAGCUAAAAUCCCGUUUAAAAAAUUUGGAAGAUGCUCGAAGUAAGGUGUCGUUAGAUGAUGUCGCGAUAAAAGAACUGGUCGAUGGUACUCCCGAAAGACCAAGACUGAACUUGUUAUUGGAAUGGGCUAUUGAAUCUUUUAAUUUUUAUCACGAACUAUAUCUCCAAAUAAAUAAGGGUAUCAGUCAAUUUGAUCAUAAGUCCGAGGAAAUGAUAGAAAGUUUGAUUAAGUCUUUCGCUGAGGACAGAUUCAGGAGAGCACGGAUCGAUCAAAUAUUCGCCUUCACACAGUUCUUCAUUAAAGACAAUAUCUCCUGAGAAGUUUUGUAUAUCAAUUUAAAUAAUGUGAAUUUUAUACGAAAUAAAUUUUUUUAAAACAAA